GGUGUCUAGUGAGGAGAGGAAGGUGGGCGGCUGACCGGAGUGGGGAGGAGCCGCGGCGUGGAGCGGGGUGGGGUAGUCUGGUCGGGGGUCGGCGGCUCGGUCAGGCCCGGAGAGCGGAGAGCGGGACGGCCAUUCUGAGGGGCGGGGGUCGGUGGCCGUGACGUCAGCGCGCCGAUGACGCAACAGUCCCGGAAGACGUCAUGACGUCGCGGCGGCAGCGGGCGGGAGAGAGAGGCGCAAGCCGCCUUAGGGCUUUCUUUUGCGGCCAGCUGUGGAGGCGUCGGGGAGAGAGGGCGGGCGCCCCGGAGAGAUGUCCAGGCGGACGCGGCCCGGGGGCUGCGCAGAACCUCCGAGAGCCGGCCUGGCUGAGCGAGGUCAGCAUGGUGGUCAGGAAAGGGAAGCGGCCGUGACGCAGGCGGGGGGCUCUCUCGAGGAGGGGAAAAUCUAAGUUCAUUUCAAGACAUUCGGAAUGGGGAAAGACUAUUAUUCCAUUUUGGGGAUUGAGAAAGGAGCUUCUGAUGAAGAAAUUAAGAAAGCUUACCGCAAACAAGCCCUCCGAUUCCAUCCGGACAAGAACAAAUCUCCUCAAGCAGAGGAAAAAUUUAAAGAGGUGGCCGAAGCCUAUGAAGUUCUGAGUGAUCCUAAAAAGAGAGAGAUCUAUGAUCAGUAUGGGGAGGAGGGCUUAAAAGGAGGAGCUGGUGGGACUGAUGGACAUGGAGGUACCUUCCGGUACACCUUUCAUGGUGAUCCUCAUGCCACGUUUGCAGCAUUUUUCGGAGGAGCCAAUCCUUUUGAAGUCUUCUUUGGUAGAAGAAUGGCUACUAAUAGAGAUGGUGAAGAAAUGGAAGUAGAUGGAGAUCCUUUUAGUGCCUUUGGUUUCAGCAUGAAUGGGUAUCCUAGGGAGAGGACCCCAGUGGGUUCAACUCGACCCAGGCAAGACCCCCCAGUUAUCCAUGAACUUAAAGUAUCUCUUGAAGAAAUCUAUAAUGGUUGUACCAAACGGAUGAAGAUUUCCCGAAAAAGGCUGAACCCUGAUGGGAGAAGUGUUAGAACAGAGGACAAAAUUCUCACCAUUGAAAUAAAAAAAGGAUGGAAAGAAGGAACAAAAAUCACUUUUCCAAGGGAAGGAGAUGAAAUGCCCAAUAGUAUUCCAGCGGAUAUUGUUUUUGUCAUUAAAGAUAAAGAGCAUACACAAUUUAAGAGGGAUGGAUCCAAUAUUAUCUAUCCUGUCCGAAUCAGUUUACGAGAGGCCUUGUGUGGCUGCUCCAUCAAUGUUCCCACAAUGGAAGGAAGAACCAUCCCCAUGACGAUAAAUGAAGUUGUGAAGCCUGGAAUGAGGAGAAGAAUUAUAGGCUAUGGACUGCCCUUUCCAAAAAACCCUGACCAGCGGGGCGACCUGCUCAUAGAGUUCGAGGUGAACUUCCCAGACACCCUGUCCUCGGCAACCAAAGAAAUCCUUCGCAAGCAUCUUCCCACCUCCUAGGAGGAUGAAGGUCCCGCUGGAUUACCAGGGUUUUGGCAAGGCUCUGAAUAGAGCGCCAUAGACAAAGUGGGGUGAAUGCCUUGAGGAUUCAGUGAUAUGCAUGAAUAGAGAGGGUCAAAUAAAGGGCAAAAGGGAAUUUGCAGUUAAAUAUGGAGAGGAAAACCACUUACUAUAUUUUGUUUUCUUCUUAACCAGAAAUUUCAUUCACAAUUUUGCAUACAUGUAAAAUUUAGUUGUUUUAUGAAGCUAGUGUACAUAUUGCUAAUAAAGUACUCGAAUAUACAAGUACUUUAUUUCUUAUGUAUCUACAUCAUCAAUAGGAGAUGCUGCCAUUUAUACUGGAGAGCAGAAUUCACAAGUGAAUGACAUGUCGUAUGCAUCUUCUGGGACAUUUUAAAGAGGCUAUUUAAAAAUAGAGAAAUCAGAUUUAAAUCUGCUUCCAUAGUAAUGCUCUAGGGCUGGUACCCUGAUAGAGAAAUUACCUGGUAGAUAGAUUUCAUUACUUUGAUUUUCAAAAUGUGAAUUUAUGUCAAGCUAUUUUUUUCAGCUGUGGAAAUCCUAGUUACCUGAACUACUGGGUAUUUCAAAAUAUCAGGCUCAUUUAAAAUGUCAUGUGUGAUUUUAUCUGUGAAAGUAGUUAUGUAUAUAUGUGUGUAUAUGUAUACAAGUAUACAUAUAUACACACAUAUAUAUAUACCCAGCAAUGUCUGUACUCACAGACAUGUGUAUAUACACAUGUUGGGCUUAUGAAAUUAGACUCAUCAAGCACUGGCAUAAAUGAUUUAUUUCAAAAUGAAUGUGCUCUUCAAGGCUCUUGUUGGGUCUGUUUUUCAACCAUGUAGUCAUUUUCAUAGUGUACACAAUCAUGUUAUAUGACUUAAUUUAAGUAGUUCCCAAAAAGGAACAAAUAAAUAACUACUAUAGUGUUACAAUCAAAAUACAGGGAAAAACAAUGACUGCUGCUUAUGAUAAUGUUGCUACUAUAUAAUGUGUGUAUGCAUGUAAAAUGGUUUGUUUCCAUAUGUACAGUAUUGUAUUUCUCAUGUUUUUAAUUUAAAGAUUGUAAACUUAUUUUUAACUUCCUUUGCUUUUGUUACCAUAGUGAGAAUGAUCUUUUGAAACAAUGUGUUCAGUAAAAGUAUCUGAUCCCUGGGUCUAGA